AUGGAUCCUCCGAAGCAAGAGGAUCCUGUUAUUACAGUGAUAUCUGCCAGAUAUCGUGCCGCCUGGCCAGAGCUUCGCCCUCUCCCACUCGUGUGGGCUUCAGACCCGCCAUGGUCAACCCCUCUCCUCCAACAACGCAGAUACGAAAUCGAGGAGACUGUUAUUGAAAUUCUCGAGCGGCUUGGACUCGAAUUUGACGAUGGUAAUGCAGCCGAAGUAUGGUUUGCAAACCAACAUAUGGCCUCGCAACCUGAUACCUGUGUCCCGACGAUUGUCAUAUAUUCGUCAUGGUCUGAAAACAAGCAAACGCUCUGGGAAACAGUUGUUCGAGAAGUUGCCUUGGUAUUGUACCACAUGUUUAAAGGUUCUGAGGUUGCGUACGAUAGUAUUCACAUCGAUAUGCAGUCGCCUGAGCUUGGUGGGACGAUUUACUAUGAGCCAGUCAACGACUGCGAUGACCUUUGCGACUCAUGGGAUGAUGUCAGAGCCCUAGUGCAUCAGAGACUCGAGGCUUUCAAAGCAACAGAGCGUUCCAUGGUCGCUAUUUGUUUACUCCAUUAUCGUGAGUCGAUUACGAUCUACAUCGCAGUCGACUACAGUUCCGACGAGACAGGGUGGCUUGAGGUUAUUGCCGAUAUCAAAGCCAACAUGGACAGAUACAAGCGAGGAUGGACGGAUGUCCAAGUCCACAUUCAACACAACGCCGGGGCGAGCUAUUCAUUCGACAUGUUACCGCCAGCAUAUGAUAGCGGUGCUACAAGGAAAGUUUGUUCAGAGGGCAAGCUUUUUUAUGGCGACUAUCAGCAGGCUGUAAAACCAGGCGACGAUUUUGGAGCAGAUACAUCCAGCAGCGAUGGAUCUAAGAUGCCUGUUGGAUUUGGAACUAUAGGCUGCUUCAUCGAAAUUAAAACGAAGAGCAACCCAGUUUGGAAACGGUAUGCCCUCACUAGCUAUCAUGCAGUUCGACCUGCUCUACCAGGCUUUCGCCUCGAGAUCGUCGGUGAAGGAUCAAAGCCUGCACCGCCGGAACCCAACAGCGAGUGUUGGAAUGCCGAUUCAAAGGGAUACGCUCCUGGCCACAGCGCAACACCUCCACGUUUUGAAAGUCCGUCUCGGGUUAAACACAACUUUACCACUUGGCACAUAGCUGAUCGAACUGAAACCAGUAAUCGAAUAAGUGACGAACUGGAGGCCGAGCUGCAGAGAACCGGGAAAACCAGGACCCAGAAAACGAUAGACUCGAUACGGAAGAGUGUUCAGGAGGGCAGGGAGGAAAGGCAGAAGAAAAUCGACUUUUUCAACGAUGGUAAACAAGCCCUUGGUACAUUGUUUGCUGCUUCUGGCUACAUGCGCAGGGUCUCCGUUGACGGAGAUAGACACAAGGCAAGACUCGACUGGGCCUUGAUUGACGUCGCCGAGCACCGACAAGGAUCCAACCGCCUACCGUCGUGGUCAGCUUGGGAACAAAAGUAUGAAAGUGUUCGAAUUACGCCCUAUCUAUUAGAUGAAAGCCUUCUCGAAGAAACCCAAUCUGAUGGCCCUGAUAAUUCGUAUGUUUGGAAGCUAAGUGCUGCCAAUGGCCCUACAGUUGGGACAUAUUGUCGGAAUAGAAUCGCCUGUGCAGUGGCGGAAGAUAAGCAUUUGAGAGACGGGGCUUCCGAAACAGCCGAAUAUAUAUACCAACCAGACAGCGGCUGUAUGCAUGGGACGUAUUGUGCGAAGGGUGAUUCAGGCUCGGUUGUAUUUGAUAAGAAUGGGAAGGUUAUUGGGCUGUAUUCUGCAGGAAUCAAGAUCCGUCAGUCCUUUGGUAACGAGGGGUUUGGGAUAGUAACUCCUAUUGAGCAUAUCUUUCAAGAUAUCAAGGACUUUUUAGGAGAUGUUACGGCUAUCCGAGUAGCCAUGGACUAA